AUAUUCAUUCAUCUGUCGAUCAGAAAUGGCCUCCCGAUUUGCAUCGCUGUGUUGGAUUGUGAACGGUUACUUUCAGUUUUGCAUGGGCAGAUGUAGCGUUUUAUUUUAUCUGAACACUCCUGCGGCCGUUUUCAUUGCUUUUAAUUAUUUCACAAGUGUUAUAAAAGUUUGAUAUUGUGUCAUAAUCGCCGAAAUAUGGAGGAGAUAAGAGUGUCUCCUGAUUAUACAUGGUUCAGAAGCACUGUACCACUGAAAAGAAUAAUUGUGGAUGAUGAUGACAGUAAAGUCUGGUCCCUGUAUGAUGCUGGGCCUAAAAGUAUCAGGUGUCCCAUCAUCUUCCUUCCACCUGUGAGCGGCACCGCAGAGGUUUUCUUUCAGCAGGUGCUGGCUCUCUCUGGAUGGGGCUACCGCGUCAUCUCGCUCCAGUAUCCUGUCUACUGGGAUCUGCUGGAAUUUUGUGAUGGAUUUAGGAAGCUUUUAGACCACUUACAACUGGACAAGGUGCACUUGUUUGGUGCCUCUCUGGGAGGAUUUCUGGCUCAAAAAUUUGCUGAGGUCACACACAAAUCUCCCAGAGUGCAAUCUCUGGUCCUGUGCAAUUCAUUUAGUGACACAUCAAUAUUUAACCAAACAUGGACAGCAAACAGUUUCUGGUUGAUGCCUGCAUUCAUGCUCAAAAAGAUUGUUCUUGGUAACUUCGCCAAAGGACCUUUGGACCCAAAAAUGGCCGAUGCAAUUGACUUUAUGGUUGAUAGAUUGGAAAGCCUAAACCAGAGUGAACUGGCAUCACGACUCACGCUGAACUGCCAAAACUCCUACGUGGAACCUCACAAGAUAAAGGAUGUCGCCAUCACCAUAAUGGACGUUUUUGAUCAGAGUGCCCUGUCGCAUGAAGCAAAAGAAGAAAUGUAUAAGCUGUACCCCAACGCUAGACGGGCUCACCUCAAAACGGGUGGAAACUUCCCCUAUCUUUGCAGAAGCGCAGAAGUUAACCUGUACAUACAAAUACAUCUACGUCAGUUCCAUGGGACGCGAUACACCGCCAUCAGUCCUGAGAUGGUCAGUGCAGAAGAGCUGGAAGUCCAAAGGACAAAACUGAGCAACAACAGUGAGAGUGAUGGUGAAUCGUAGAGAGACCCACAGGCUUCAUGUAGACAUCCUCCUGCUACCUUGCCUGGAUCAAUCAUACUGAACAUUCAGAGAGAUCACUUUUUGGUAUCCUGUUUUUCUAUGACCUUAAAUGUGAAUGGACUUUAAAGAGCUUAUUUUUACUUAAUGGAAAAGAACCAAUAUUUUCAUAAGCAUUAUGGCUGUAAAUAAAGAGAAAUUGAUUACACGGCUUUUCAUAAAAUGCCAUAUUUUAAACUGGUUGCCUUACACAAUAUGUCACUUUUUAUUCCUUGGACUUAAUUUUUUUUCUGCCUUCUGUACUCUAGAAUUGUAUUUUCUGUUUUGGUUUGUUUGUUUGAAUUUUGUCAAUGUUAUUAUCUAUGUUACUCAUUUAAUUCAUGCACUGAUAAUAACUGUUGUUUCCAAAUGAUGUUGGAAAGCCUGGUUUGGAAACCUAAAUGUGUCAUUUAGUAUUGACUCAAGGUUGGAAAACCCACAAAAAUGAUGCAGUCAUUGAUUACUCAUGAAAUAAGCUCUGUCACACACCCCGAAGUAAAAUGAUCAAUUUAAAACAUCAAAAGGAUAAGGGGUAGUUGAAAAGUCUCUUUAGCAUUUACUCACCCUUGUAUCAUUCCAGAUGUGUAUGACUUUCUUUCUUCUGCUGAACUCAAAUGGAGAUUUUUAGAAGAGUAUCUCAGCUCUGUAGGUCCAUACAAUGCAAGUCAACAGGGUCCAAAACCUUGAAUCUCCAAAAAUAAAAGAGCUCUGUAUGGACCUACAGAUUUUAGUUAUUCUUCUAAAAAUCUUUGUUUGAGUUCAGUAGAAGAAAGUAAGUCAUACACAUCUGGGAUGACAUGAGGGUGAGUAAAUUGAGAAUUUUUAUUUUUGUUUGAACUAUCCCUUUAAUUGUUUACUCUCCAAAGAUUAGUUAUGAUUUAUAGUCAAUUCAGGAAAUACAUAUGGAUACAAUGUGGAUCAAACUUAAAUGUCCUUUGUCACUUUACCCAUAUUUACCCUAUAUUAAAAAAUUUGCAACAUUUACAAUUCACAUUAAAAAUGAAAAUAUAACUAGAGGUAACACAAGACUGCCCUGAGAAAUAUAAUGAUGUCAGACUUUUUAAAUGACACUAGUAAACACUGCUUUGGCAGCCAUUAUAAAUACUAAAACUAAAAAACUAAACUGAAACUACAAAACACUGAGAAAAUGAAAACUAAACUACAUUUUAGUGACAAAUUGUAUAUAAAAUAGAAAUUAAAUAAAAACUCCAAAACUAUAAUAACACUGCCUGUAACUUUUGUUAAUGAUUCUGUAUUGAAGUUUUUACUUUUUCUGAAGAAAAUGUGAAGAAAAAUGUUUCUAGGCCAUUGUAGAUAGUUGCCAGGGCAUUGCUAUGUGGUUGCUAAGGUAUUCUGAGAGGUUUUUAGCAUGUUGCUAUGCAGUUGCUAGGCAGUCAAAAGAGCCCAGCAAUAGUAGUAGUGAGUGACGUUUGCCUUGCAAACAGCACUAAUAAGCCUUUCAUUGCUCUAAUUUGACUGUUAAAGGGAUAGUUCACCCAAAAAUUAAAAUUCUCUCAUCAUUUACUCACCUUCAUGCCAUCCCAGAUGUGUAUGACUUUCUUCUGCUGAACACAGAUUAAGAUUUUAAGAAGAAUAUUUCAGCUCUGUAGGUCCAUACAAUGCAAGUGAAUGGUGACCAGAGCUCCAAAAAGUGCAUAAGGGCAUAUAUAUAUAUAUAGAGAGAGAGAGAGAUCAGAAAUAAAUCUAGCAAUUUAUUGAUAGAAAAUGCUUCUAUAUUAAAUAUAAGACCAAAAGACAUGCUUUUAAAAUUAUUAUUUUUGAGAAAAAAAAAAGUAAACUAAAAACAACAACAUGUUUUGAUAUCUCAAAUCUGUAACUGCAAUUUUCUUGCGUGCUGGCAUGAGAAAGUUUCAGUAUGACAUUAUAUUCCCCAGUUCAACAGCUUCCAAUCUUCUGAUGGGUGUGUGGUCAAAGCCAGACGGUUUUCACUGGAUUCUCCCUUCACAUUGUACAUAAUUUUUUGCUAGAAGAUGGAUCUGCAUUGCCCUGCUGUCGCACACUCUGUUUGGAAGAAAAAAGUCAUAGUAGAAGGAAGUUGUAGAAAUUAAUGUUGUUGACAAUUAAAUUGUUCUAGUAUGAACUCCAUUUGGAAUGGCCUUCGCAUUAGGAGCGCGCCUGUAAUGCCUAAAAAUGCUGUCUUGUGCAUCUCACUAGGUUUUGGAACAGACCUAUAUGUAUUACAUGUAUGAAUUGUUUGUAAUAAAUUCCAAUAAUGAAUAUACCUG